AUGGCUGCUCGUAUGUUCGCUCCCAAGGUGGCCUCCCUCAUGGGCUCUACCUCAGCAAAGGUCGCUCGUCCUGUCAUCCGCUCAAGCGUCAAGGCCAAUGGCUCUCAACGCGCUUUCUCUGGUCAGUAUAUCCUCAAUCCCACUGCCAUUGGCACCUCAAAACCCAAUCCCGCCCUUAUCUCCCUCUCCCAACUCCAUCGUGUCUCCUCGAGCAUCCGCGCCCAAGCCAGCAAGCAAUCCACCCCAUUCAGCGCCGUCAAGCGUCAACAAGCCUCGCAAAUCCUCUCGCACGCCAGCCGCAACAUGGCCGCCCGCCGAGGCUUCUCCUCUGAAAUCGCCACCGCCAUGGUCCAGGUGUCCCAGAACCUGGGUAUGGGAUCCGCUGCCAUCGGUCUCGGUGGUGCCGGUAUCGGUAUCGGCAUGGUGUUCGCUGCUCUCCUGAUGGCCGUGGCCCGUAACCCAAGCAUGCGUGGCCAGCUCUUCUCGUACGCCAUUCUGGGUUUCGCUUUCGUUGAGGCCAUUGGACUUUUCGACUUGAUGGUUGCUAUGAUGUGCAAGUACGUGUAA